AUGCUCUGUUCGUUACUUUGCAUAACUGCAUUGCCAAUCACGCCAGUAUUGGCUUUCGUUAAACGUUGGCUAUUUGGUUCAUUAAUGUGUAAACUUGUGCCCUUAUGUCAAGGAAUAUCAGUUCUCAUAUCUAGCUACUCUUUGUGUUUCAUUGCGGUGGAUCGGUAUAGGACUAUAGUGACAACUACUCAAGAACCGUGGUCGAUAAAUCAAGCUUUAUUACUAGUGGUCACUUCAUGGAUUACUUCAGGCGCUGCUUCCUUCCCGCUAUUUAUUACUCAAACUUUGCAGCCUCUUGUUUUAGAAAAUACUACUUUAUGUGGAUAUUUCUGUGGCGAAUACAAUUGGCCUGUUAAUACUCAUAUAAAACUUUUUUAUGGCACAAUGCUCCUUGGCUGCCAAUAUAUUGUUCCUGCUUCAAUUAUGGCCUUCUGUUAUUGGAAAAUUAUUCAAAAAGUUCGAACUGAUUGGAUAGUUGCUGAAGGUUCGUUGUUAACGAAAUCACAACAGAUUCAAACAGCGAUUAGGAAAAAGCGUGUAAUGUAUACGUUGAUAUUAAUGGUUGUAGUAUUUAUGGCAUCGUGGUUUCCACUAACUAUUGCGAACAUUUUUCGCGAUUUUGGCAUAGGAACCUUCUUAGAUGCACAGAUGUAUUUUAAGCUGUUGAACGUUCAUGCGGUGGCGAUGACUUCUAUAGUGUGGAAUCCACUUUUAUAUUUUUGGAUGAACAAAGUUUAUUUGUUUGACAAUUUCAAAUCAGCAUUCAAAAGGCCUUUAUUGGCUGUAGCUUUAUAG